UUUAAAAAAAAUAUAUGAAAAAAUGAUAAUGACAUUAUCAAUUCAUGGUAACCAAAUUAAAACAUACAGAAGAUAAAAAGGAAAAAUUAUCUCAUUAACAUAGAACUUGAGGCAUUUAAAGAAGAACCGAAUUCUGUUGAAGUAUAUCCAAAAUGAAACAUAUAGUAGAAGAUAUGCCACAAGCAAAUUUUAGCAUUGAAACUAUAAAUCUGACUUUAGAUGCUAAAGCAAUUACCAAUGAAACACACUACGUAAGCGACUUAUAUGAAGUACCUUUACUACUUAUUGUGUUUCUCUCCUGUUGUUAUGGGCUAAUAUCAAUACUGAGCAUUGUCGGCAACUUUUCAGUGAUUGUAAUAGUUGCUCUUAGCCGGCGUAUGCAAAAUGUCACAAACUAUUUUAUCGCCAAUUUGGCAGUGGCAGAUAUGAUCAUUGGACUCUUCGUUAUUCCCUUUCACUUUCAGGCUGCUUUGCUGCAGAGAUGGGUUCUGCCGCCAUUUAUGUGUGCUUUUUGUCCCUUUAUCCAAGUCCUGUCGGUUAAUGUCAGUGUCUUCUCUCUCGCCGCAAUUGCACUGGACAGAUAUAGAGCAGUGGUACAUCCUCUCAAAGCAAAAACAACUAAACUCCGGGCAAAAUGGAUAAUCCUCUUCAUUUGGAUAUUCAGUGCUCUUAUCAGUGUUCCAUAUGCAGUUGCGUUAAGAGUGAAAAUGGUUUUUGAUUCAGAAACAGGAGCGUUCACUAAGCCUUUUUGUCACAACAUCGGCAUAUCUGCUAGCACAUGGAAGGUGUACAAUCACAUUUUAGUAUUUCUUCAGUACCUGGUGCCACUAUUCCUCAUAUCUUUAGUUUACAUUACAAUCGGAUUGAGACUUAAAGCUACAGAGACACCUGGAAAUGAACAAGGUGGACGAGAUGUUGCCAUUUUGAAAAAUAGGAAAAAGGUUAUUCACAUGAUGUUUAUUGUUGUUACCUUAUUUGGUGUAUGUUGGUUACCCCUUCAACUUUACAACGCAUUUCAAGAAAUUCUGCCUGAAAUAAACAGAUACCGAUACAUCAAUCUAAUAUGGUUUGGCUGUCACUGGCUAGCAAUGAGUAACUCCUGUUACAAUCCUUUUAUUUAUGCGAUAUACAAUGAAAAGUUUAACUCUGAAUUCCGAAGCAGAUUUGGUUGUUGCAUGAAAGUGUUUUGUGUAUCUCAACCAAAUAAUGUAAGCUCCAUCGUGGACACAUCAUCGUCCAGAUAUACAUAAUAAGAGCUUAUAUGGAAAUAAUCUUGUUCAAUGAAUCCUUCAAAUCCUUCUUCCAUCCAAACUGGACUUUUAAUAAUAUAUUUGAUGUUCUUUACUGUUGUUAAAAUAUGUAUUGAUGUGUUAAUGUUUAAAGCAAUGCAUGAUUUGCAUGUUAAAGAUAUUAAAAAAAAAACAUUCAGACUUGA